ACAAAGGCAGCACAGAUUUGACUUUGAUAAAAUAGGUCUUCCCCAACAUGAUCUUCAAGCACUGAUGGAAAAGAUGGAGAACAUCGCGAGUCACAACAGGGGAGGACAUCUUAACUGUGCUGAAGGAUCUUAUCCCGUGGAAGCACCUGAAUGUACUCAACCAAAACAUCCUCUGAACCUGGUAUUGUGUGGGAGAUUUGGAGUUGGUAAGACAUCAGCAGCCAAUGCCAUUCUAGGAGAGACAGCGUUUGGUCCACCCACCGGCUCAUCAGUGUGUGUUAAACAUCAGGGAGAGGUGAGAGGACGUCAGGUUUCCCUGGUGGAGCUUCCUGCCUUGUAUGGAAAACCUCAGGAGGAAGUGAUGGAGGAAUCACUCAGGUGUAUCUCCCUCUCUGAUCCUGAGGGCGUCCAUGCCUUCAUCCUGGUCCUCCCUCUGGACCCUCCCACCAAUGAAGACAAGGGAGAGUUACAGACCCUCAAAAACACACUACAAUCUCGAGUCAAUGACUUCACCAUGAUUCUGUUCACGGUGGAGUCAGAUCCUAGAGCUCCAGCUGUUGUUAAUCUUUUAAAAAGGGACAGAGAAAUCCAGGAAGUCUGUCAGAGCUGCGGUGGCAGAUAUGUUGUCUUCAACAUCAAGAACAAGCAGCAGGUCUCUGAGGUGUUGGAUGCUGUGGAAAAGAUGAGAGCUGUGGGAUCCAGAGGCUUCACAAAGGAAAUGAUAUUGAAGCCUCAGAUGAAUAAGGUUGUAAGACAUACAUCUGAACUGGAAACAGCAGCUUAUAAAAAACAGAGCCCAGACCGCCUCAGGAUGGUACUGAUUGGGAAGACUGGCUGUGGAAAGAGCGCCACAGGAAACACCAUUUUGGGCAAAGAAUGCUUUCAUUCUAAAGCUUGUCAAAGGUCAGUGACCAAGCUUUGCCAGAAAGAAGAAGGAGAGAUUGAUGGACGGCCUGUUGUUGUGGUCGACACCCCUGGCUUGUUCGACACGGCUCUGUCCAAUGAUGAAGUUAAACAGGAGCUUGUGAAAUGUGUCAGCUUGUUGGCUCCUGGACCUCAUGUGUUCUUACUAGUGCUGCAGAUCGGCCGCUUUACACAGGAAGAAAAAGAAACUGUGGAACUGAUCAAGAAGUUUUUUGGCAACAAGUCAGAAGACUUCAUCAUUCUUAUAUUCACCAGAGGAGAUGAUCUUAAAAAUCAAACAAUUGAGAGUUACAUUGAAGAAGACUGUGAAGACUAUGUCAAAACUCUGACCAGUGAAUGUGGAGGAAGAUACCAGGUCUUCAAUAACAAUGAUCAGAGGAAUUGUUCUCAAGUCAACCAGCUGUUGACCAAGAUUGACUCAAUGGUGAGGAAAAAUGGCAGUGGCCACUACAACUCAGAGAUGUUCCAAGAGGCAGAAGCAGCGAUACAAAAGGAAAUGAAGAGGAUACUGAAGGUGAAGGAAGAGGAGAUACAGAGACAGAAGAUGUCUCUUGUAAGACACCACAAAGAAAAAAUGCAAGACAAGAUGCAAAAAAUUGAACAACAAAGAGCAGAGAGAGAAAAAGUACUUAGAGAAAAAGAGGAGCGUAUACAGAAAGAGCAGAUGAAGAGGAAAAUGGCAAAUGAAAAAAGAGCAGAGGAGCAAAGAGAGAGGAAAAGGCAAGAGGAAAUUCAGAGACCCCAAUGGGAACAAAAAGUUCUGGGUUUGGAGAAGGGUGUGAAUACUCAAUCAGGAAAAACGGCAACUGUUGGCAGCAGGUUCUUUCAAAACAAACCAGAAAUAAAAAAGAAACAAGAGACUUCGUACAAGAAACGGAAAGAAUGGUGGGAGAAGCAACUUCAAGGAGAUCAACAAGGAAAAGAGGAGGAGCAAACACAACUGAACAAGCUCAUAGAGGAAUAUGAGCAGGAAAGAAAAGAUUAUGAACACAGAAGAAAAGAGGAGGAUCAAAUUAGAAGAGAACAAGAGGAAAAAGAAUGGAAAGAAUUACAAGAAAACUUUCAGAAGAAAGUGGAGGAUAUGAAUAAGAAAAAUGAAGAGGAGGCCAGAAAGCAAGCUGAAGAGUACAAUGAAUUCAGACAUAGAUAUACUGCAGAAUAUGCAGCUUUGGUGCAAAAGCAUGAGAAGGAAAUGGAGGACAUGAAGCAAAAACAACAAGAAAACAAGGAGCUCUUGAUCAAACGCCUGAGCAUGAACAAAACAUUUAAGAAAGACUUUGACAGACUGAAGAAAAGACAAGAACAAGAGAUGAAUGAGCUUCAACAGAACCUUUACACACAAAACAAAGACAUCAAUGAACUGAAGGAAGCACAUGAGGAAGAAAUAGAUGACUGGAUACAGGAACAAAUGAAGAAAGCAGAAGACAAGGCUUGUUGCAUUUUAUGAGAUGUGUUCUCACAAAAGCAGCAGGGUUUAGUUGCACUUUGCUUUUGC